CAUUACAUCUAUCUCGGAGCUUGGCUUCUGCAAUUUCGUCGCCAUCCCUGAAAUCCUUCAUUUCCAGUAUACUGACUAGGAUUUGGUAGGGAAAGAGAUGGCAGUGUAUAUUGUGGCACGGCGGCUCUCGGCUGGAUCCACAACAAGGGCGCUGCGUUCUGUCACUUGUUGGAGAUCCUAUUCGACGUCGUUUAGGGAGGAGAGAGACACUUUUGGUCCCAUCCUUGUUCCCUCCGAUAAGCUGUGGGGAGCUCAGACUCAGAGAUCGUUGCAGAAUUUCAAUAUCGGCGGUGAACGUGAGAGAAUGCCAGAACCAAUUAUUCGUGCCUUUGGCAUUCUCAAGAAAUGUGCUGCUAAGGUGAAUCUGGAGUACGGUCUUGACCCCUCAAUAGCAAGAGCUAUAAUGCAAGCAGCACAAGAAGUGGCUGAGGGGAAACUCAACGAUCAUUUUCCACUUGUUGUCUGGCAAACUGGCAGUGGCACUCAGAGUAACAUGAAUGCCAAUGAGGUAAUUGCAAAUAGAGCUGCUGAGAUCCUUGGGCACAAGCGUGGAGAAAAAUUUGUGCACCCCAAUGACCAUGUGAACAGAUCACAGUCUUCUAAUGACACAUUCCCAACUGUAAUGCACAUUGCAGCUGCCAUGGAAAUUAAUUCAAGAUUGAUACCGAAUUUGAAACAUUUGUACACUUCACUGCAUUCAAAGUCUGUUGAAUUUAAAGAUAUUAUUAAAAUUGGCCGGACUCACACUCAAGAUGCAACACCUUUGACUCUUGGUCAAGAGUUUAGUGGCUACACUACACAGGUGAAAUAUGGAAUUGACAGAGUCAUGGUCACUUUACCUCGCAUGUAUCAGCUUGCACAGGGUGGAACUGCUGUUGGGACAGGAUUAAACACAAAGAAAGGAUUGCGAAUGAUAUCGGUUUUAGGAAGUGGCCCAAGAUGUGGCCUUGGCGAACUUGUUAUUCCUGAAAAUGAGCCGGGCAGCAGUAUUAUGCCUGGGAAGGUCAAUCCUACACAGUGCGAGGCUUACACAAUGGUUUGUGCUCAGGUCAUGGGAAACCAUAUGGCCAUCACAGUGGGCGGGUCAAAUGGCCACUUCGAAUUGAAUGUAUUUAAACCAAUGAUUGCCAGUGCUCUCCUACAUUCACUGCGAUUGUUAGGCGAUGCAUCUGCUUCAUUUGAAAAGAACUGUGUCAGAGGAAUUCAAGCUAACCGGGAAAGGAUUUCAAAAUUACUUCAUGAGUCUCUGAUGCUCGUCACAUCAUUGAAUCCAAAAAUUGGUUAUGAUAAUGCCGCAGCAGUUGCCAAAAAAGCCCAUAAAGAGGGAACUACUUUGAAGGAAGCUGCUUUGGAACUUGGAGUGCUGUCAAGUGAAGAUUUUGAUAGUCUUGUUGUGCCAGGGAAAAUGAUUGGACCAUCUGAUUGACAAGCUACCAAAGAUCUUCAAGUUCCUGAAACUGGAUUCAUUGACUUGAACAGCGGGGUUUGAAUUUUUGCACUUUCUCCUCAUCAGCCGGAUUAGAAAAUAAUGAUCCUAGAGUAAUUUUAUUUUAGUUCUUUACAAAAUAAUGUUCUUGAGGUUCUCCCGUGGCUGGCUUCUCUAUGACAAGAUUUUUGUUAGAUAAAUAGAUGGUAAUCAGCUAUAAGCGGGAAAAGCCUCUCGCAUUCUGUAAGGAAGACAUUAUGCUGGAAGUGGAGGAAGCUCCAUACCACAACAGAGUGGGAUAAUUGUUGUAACUAGAUAUAGUUAAUGUGUCAAAUUAUUCAGUAGCUUCUUAUCCAACUCUUUUGAGAACAGCAA